GGAAAAACAUUUGGUAUAGGUGUGCUUGUAAGGCUCGACCAACGACAAAGGGAAUAGAAGCAAUUCAAGGAGAAACAUAUAUGCAAAUGAAGUUGAAGAAAAAACUCGAUACAUUAGACAAAUAGGCAGAUUUAAAUUUUAUAAGAGAAGGCCCAAUUAGGUUGUAAAAUACGAAAAGUUGACUUCGCUAAAUUAGAGGGAUAUGUACAAGUAUGUAUGCAUGUAGGACAACUGAUUAUAAGGAAGCAGCUAGCUCCCUGCACCCUCGGGUAGAGGAUCAUCCCACACUCCUCGCAUAAAGAUCAACAGCCGAAAACCUAGGGUUCCGGUGAAGGUGAAACCAUGUGGAGACGAGCGUCUGCUAAGAUCUUAGCACUCCGAUCUGUUGCCAGACCUAAUCGUAUCGUUACCUCUUCACUAUCCCCGGCGACUCUUCGGCCAUCCGCCACUGUUAUCGCUCGUCACUAUUCAGGAAGCGUUUCUAAGAAAGUCGAAGAUGUGAUGCCUAUUGCGACUGGUCACGAGCGUGAGGAGCUUGAAGCCGAGCUCGAGGGACGGGAUAUUCUUGAUAUCAAUUUUCCUGAAGGUCCAUUCGGUACCAAGGAAGCUCCUGCUAUUGUGAAAUCUUACUAUGACCAAAGAAUUGUUGGUUGCCCUGGUGCAGAAGGGGAGGAUGAGCAUGAUGUUGUUUGGUUUUGGCUAAAGAAAGGAGAAACACAUGAAUGCCCAGUCUGCUCACAAUAUUUCAAGUUGGAAGUAGUGGGUCCCGGAGGACUUCCAGAUGGACUAGAUGAGGAUGAACAUCAUCAUCACUGAUUGAAUUUUCCACCUUUAAAAAAAAAUGCCGGAAUAAAAAUCUGGUGAGAUUACUGCAGCAUCAGGAUUUAACAGGUCCUGUUCUUUUGUUUUGUUUUGUUAUGUUAUGUUAUGUUUGUUUCAUAUGAUUUACUUUUAAACGUGUUGGUUUUUGGUCGAGAAUCAGAGCGAGCAUGCAUACGAUUUGAUUUUUCUUUGUGGAUUUUGGGGCAUGCUUUCUUCAUUGGAAUUGUGAAUGCCAUCAUAUUGCUUGAAUGCAUUGAAAUAAUUAAUGGCUUAAAGCUUAGGCUUGUAGAGAUUCAUCCAUUUGAUUUGGGAGUAUAUAUCUAAUCUUUGGCAACCAUGUCAAGUUGAAAAUUAAAUGGGUUUUUACAACUUAUUUGUUUAAUUUUCGCAUUGUGUCGUGUUGUGUCAAUCUGUCUGCCUAAAUAAACCUUUUACUUGAACCCUUGGUUUAGAGUAUGUAAGCACAAAACUCAACUCAAAAUUAGCUUGCCUUUAAUACAAGUGAUUAAAAACAAAACAUGGUAUAAAAACUUUUAUUUCAUCAUAACUUAAACCGGUGAGAUUUUACAUAAAGCCGUAGUUGGAAAAUGGUAUAAAAACAAAACAUCUAGUUUAGUAAGAUAAUGUUAUUUCAGUGGUCCUUAUUACUUGUUUCCUGAGAUACAUAAACAAAAUUUUCAAUAUUUUAUCAAAGGGUAAUAUAAAUAAAAUAUUUCUUUGAGAUUCUUUAAUCUUGGGUCAACAUUAAGGCUGC